AUGGAGCAUGAGAGCAAAUCCUCCAGAAUGGCUGCCAGUCUUAAUUUUGAAGAUGUCAGGAGGUUGAUAAUCCACAACUUCCCUCGGCACUUUGUUCCAAUGCUAUAUUGCAUGGAGAAAAGAAAAUGUGAAAAUCAAACGUUGAUCACAGAAUUCAAUCUCCUGGAUUUCAGGAAUCUUCAUGGAUUGCAGAUUCUUCUCUUCCUGCUGUUCCUAGUGAUCUACAUUGUUACUAUGGCUGGGAACAUCCUCAUUGUUGCGCUAGUUGUGGCUGAUCAGCACCUUCACACCCCCAUGUACUUCUUCCUGGGGAACUUGUCCUGCUUGGAGACCUGCUACACCUCCACCAUCCUGCCCAGGAUGCUGGCCAGUCUCCUGACUGGGGACAGGACCAUCUCAUUUAGUGGUUGUAUCAUACAGCUUUAUUCUUUUGGUUUCCUAGUGGUGACUGAAUGUUUUCUCCUGGCAGCGAUGUCUUAUGAUCGGUAUUUAGCGAUAUGCAAACCCCUGCACUAUUCAGCCCUUAUGAAUGGCAGGUUCUGUCUCCAGCUAGCAGCUGGAUCUUGGGUAAGUGGCUUUCUGGCUAUUACCAUAAUUAUAUUUUUGAUGUUGCAGUUAACGUUCUGUGGCCCCAAUGAAAUAGACCAUUUCUUUUGUGAUUUCAUUCCACUUCUUAAACUGUCCUGCAGUGACACGCAACUGAUUUCAAUGGUAAGUUUAUUCCUUUCCUUCUUUGAUACAUUUCCCCCUUUUCUACUAACGGUGGCAUCCUACAUAUAUAUCAUCACCAGCAUCCUGAGAAUCCCUUCCACCACUGGGAGGCAAAAGGCCUUUUCCACCUGCUCAUCCCACCUCAUCGUGGUGACCGUUUUCUAUGGAACCUUAGUCAUUGUCUACAUGCUACCAAAAAACAACACACUGAGAGACCUAAAUAAAGUGUUCUCUGUCUUCUACACUGUCCUGACUCCUCUGCUCAACCCCCUCAUUUACAGCCUGAGAAAUAAGCAUGUAAAUAUGGCCCUGAGAAAAGUUCUUAGUAAGUUCGCUGGAUCUAGUUCACAGCAGGUGUAA